UUAUUUAUCAUUUCCCACUAAUCGAUGGUUUAAAGUAUUAAUUAAUGGAAGUAGAUGAAGUUGUAGCAGCAUUUUCUAUAUAAAGUGAUCACUAAUCAGAAUUCAAGAUGUUCUUGCUUUGGUGUCUACUACUACUUCAAGUGUUUUGUGUGCUAUAACAGAGGAAAAGGAAGUGAAAAUGGCAAGCCAAAAGAUCUCAUCUUUCCUAUCUCGCACAUUGGCUUCAUCUUCAAUCCGUUCCCUUUCACAACAUGGAAGGACUAGUCACUGCAGAAGAGUGGUGAGCAGAUACAGCACAGCUGCUGCUACUGAGGAUCCUAUUACUCCACCUGUGAGUGUAAAAUAUACUCAGCUUCUUAUUGACGGAAAAUUCGUGGAUUCUGCAUCAGGUAAAAAAUUUAAAACAUACGAUCCUAGGACAGGAAAUGUGAUUGCAGAAGUUGCUGAGGGUGAUGCUGAGGAUAUUAAUCGUGCAGUUGCUGCUGCUCGCAAAGCAUUUGAUGAAGGGCCUUGGCCUAAGAUGACUGCUUAUGAAAGGUCAAAAAUUCUGUUCAAAUUUGCUGAUCUACUUGAGCAGCAUACUGAUGAGAUAGCUGCUCUUGAGACUUGGGAUAAUGGCAAGCCAUAUGAGCAAGCUGCUAAAGCCGAAUUACCAAUGUGUGUUCGUCUAAUGAGAUAUUAUGCUGGAUGGGCUGAUAAGAUACAUGGUCUAACCGUUCCUGCUGAUGGACCAUAUCAUAUGCAAACUCUGCAUGAACCCAUAGGGGUAGCAGGACAGAUUAUCCCAUGGAAUUUCCCUAUUCUCAUGUUUGUGUGGAAGGUUGCGCCAGCCUUAGCAUGCGGGAAUACCAUUGUUUUGAAGAGUGCGGAACAAACACCAUUAACUGCAAUCUAUGCUGCAAAGUUACUCCAAGAGGCUGGACUUCCUGACGGUGUCAUAAAUGUGGUCUCCGGCUAUGGUCCUACUGCUGGUGGAGCUCUUGCUUCUCACAUGGAUGUUGAUAAGCUGGCUUUUACCGGAUCAACUGUGACUGGAAAGCUAGUGCUUGAAAUGGCAUCAAAGAGUAAUCUAAAGCCGGUAACUUUAGAGCUUGGAGGAAAAUCUCCUUUUAUUGUGUGCAAGGAUGCUGAUAUAGACAAGGCAGUGGAACUAGCCCAUUUUGCUCUCUUCUUCAACCAGGGACAAUGCUGCUGUGCUGGUUCUCGUACAUAUGUACAUGAAAGCGUAUAUGAUGAGUUUGUUGAGAAAGCAAAAGCACGUGCUAUGAAGCGUGUUGUUGGUGAUCCUUUUCAGAAGGACAUUGAGCAGGGUCCUCAGAUUGAUUCAGAGCAAUUCGAGAAGGUGAUGCAAUACAUAAGAUCAGGUAUCGAGAGUGGAGCUAAGCUCGAAACAGGAGGAGAAAAAUUAGGCUCAAAGGGUUAUUACAUUCAACCUACUGUUUUCUCCAAUGUCAAUGAAGACAUGUUGAUUGCACAGGAUGAGAUCUUUGGUCCUGUUCAGUCCAUCUUACAUUUCAAGGACAUACAAGAGGUGGCUCGACGAGCCAAUAAUACACACUAUGGAUUGGCAGCAGGAGUGUUCACACAGGACAUCGACACUGCUAACUACUUGGCUCGAGCUCUCAAAGUAGGCACGGUUUGGGUUAACUGCUACGAUGUAUUCGAUGCAGCCAUUCCCUUUGGGGGGUACAAGAUGAGUGGACAAGGAAGGGAGAAGGGUAUAUAUUGUCUCAUGAACUACUUGCAAGUCAAGUCUGUGGUUACACCUUUGAAGGAUCCUGCAUGGCUGUAGAAAAAACACAGAUUACCAUUGUUGUUUGAUUCAAGUCUUUUGUCCUUUGUGUUAAAAACGAAACUCGCAGGAACAAAAAUUAAUAAGAAACAAUGUUACCGAGAAAAAGAUUGAGUCGCAGACUACGUCGCUCUCUUUAGAACAUUCACGGUACUGCCAAAAAUGUGUGCAAGCAGCUUGUAGGUAACCGAACAUCCCCCAGGAUAAAACAGUCUCUCAAAACUAUAAAGUGCCGAUGGAUUUGCACUGAACCACCGGGCUAACUAAACACCAAAAACUGAAAACUGCUGAAAUUCUGUAUUUAAGGGGGAAGAAGAGAAGAUUAGGAAAAAUGAGUUUUUUGUGUUUUAACACUGAAGAAUGCUGUAUAUAUAUAGGCCAGCUGAUUUGAACGUUUCAAGCAAAAAUAACGCAUCA